AUUUCUCAUACUAUAAAACAAUAUAUCAAACUUGGUUAUAAGCUUGAAUUAGAAAAUGAUAUAGAGGCUGCUAUAAGCAAUAUUGCUAGCAUAAGAGUUGUUAAUAUAAUACCAAAUAGAGAUUUUG